AGUAGGAGACACUGAUUUGUGAUGACAAAUUUUCUCAUCUGUGAUUGAAUUAUUAAUCUUUCUGUGUUGUUUAAAGUGCUGAUUCAUAUAAGCACUUGGUUAGCGGAAACGGAAUUAUUAGCUUAACGAAUAAAACAUGAAAUCUACUAUCACAUUAAAACAUUUUAUGAUUACGCUAUAUUUCUGUUUGGAUAUAAAUGUACUAUGUUCUCAACGUAAACGUGAUAAACUCACAGUUGCUGGUAUACCUGGUGAUAUAAUGCUUGGGGAUUAUUUCCUGUACACACAUCUGGUGCAACUACAUGUGAUUCAAUUAAUCCUGAAAGAGGAGUUCAAAGAGUUGAAGCAAUGCUUUUCACUUUGGAUGAAAUAAAUAACAACAGUAAAUUAUUACCAGGUUUAACUAUAGGUGCUACAAUCCGUGAUACCUGUUCUGAUACAAAUCAUGCAUUAGAACAAGCAUUGAAAUUUGUUCAAGCGAGUCCUACAAGUUGUGUGACACCGUCGGCAACACCAUCAUCAUCAUCAUCACCACAACGGGGUGGACAGUCGAACACAGCCUCUCAACAACCAGAACAAUUAAUUACACGUGGAGUUGUUGGCGGUUCUUAUAGUUCAGUGACAAUACUUGUAGCAAAUUUAUUUCGGCUAUUUUCUUUACCACAAAUAUCUUAUGCAUCUACAAGUGCUAUAUUGAGUGAUAAACGUGCAUUUCCAUUAUUUGCACGUACUGUACCAUCAGAUGUUGUACAAGCUCGUGCAAUGGCUACAUUAGUUUCAGCGCAUAAUUGGACUUAUGUCUCUACAGUACGUAGUGCAGGUGAUUAUGGUGACUCAGGUAUGGAUGCAUUUUGGAAGGAAGCUGAUAAACUUGGCGUAUGUAUAGCAGCACGUGAAGUGAUCAGAGGUAAUACUGGUCCUGAGGACUGGAUAACAUAGUGAAUGUGCUUAGUAAAGACUUUGCUAAAGCCAGGGUUGUUGUCUUAUUUACCGGCAUGGAUCACACAAAGUUAUUAUUAGAUGCAGUAAGAAGAGCUGGUCUAGUAAAUCACUUUGUAUGGAUAGCUAGUGAUGGAUGGGGCAGAGAAAAUGUUCCAGUCUCAAAUAAUUCAAGGGAGGCAAAUGGUGCAUUGACUAUAGAGAUUCAAGCUGAGCCAAUUAAACAAUUCACAGAUUAUUAUCUUAAUUUAGGCAGAGAGAAUCAAAGAAAUCCAUGGUUUCAAGAAUACUGCAAGAGUUAACACAGUGCAGAGAGGGUGUGACUGAGAGUAGAGUAAAGAAAUCUACCGAUUCUAAACGUUACUUUAUGAGUAAACCACUGAAAAAUGAAACGGAUUUUGGAACUCUGAAUGACAUGCCAACUGAAAGAUCAUCUUAUUCACCAUCAUCCU